UCCCUGCGCUAUCUGCGCUUGGCUGGGCUUUCUCUAACUAUGUAAGUCCGACGUCUUAGACCGCUCGCCCAUCGUCUCUCCAGGAGCUUCCCUGCGCUAUCUGCGCUUGGCUGGGCUAUCUCUAACUAUGUAAGUCCGACGUCUUAGACCGCUCGCCCAUCGUCUCUCCAGGAGCUUCCGGGGAUUCUCUCUGUGAGUUCUGUGGGGAAGAUGUCUUAAACGACUGUGGUUAUAACAUUUUCUAAAAUGAAUCCUACCAAAACAGAUAACAUCACUUUGGUGCAUUUAAAGGCUUACAAUCCAAUAAGAAUGUAAGACUAAAAAUUAUUAUUAGUGCAAAAUACCGAGCGAGGAGAUAGGGAACGCGAGUUGAGGAGUUCGAACACUCCUUUGAUUAAAUAAUCUGGUGUGCGUGCGUCCGUGGGGGGGAGGAGGAGGAGAGGAGAUAGAGUCAAUUGUGUGUCUAGGCACAGUCGAAGAGACACAGUUGACACUUUGACAGCGAUAACAAGUAUCACAAUUGUGAGUGGAAGAGAUUACAAGAUUGUGACUGACCUUCAUACAGAUAAUAUAGAGGCUUUGUGUUUUGCUUAGCUUUAUUAGUAGUACGGAUAUUUCUAAGUUUCAGUGUGAAAAAUACUUUUUAUGAAAAUAUAACGUAUAUAAUAUAAUAUUUUAGUUUUAUUUUUGACGAGAGAGUUCACAAUAAAUAUUGAAUUAAAGGAAGUUACACGGAGAUGGAUAGUGUUGAAUAUCGAUAGUGUGAAAUCUGUGGCGGUGAAAUGGGCAUGGUGAUUGAAAACACGUUCGCCGAGUUAAUUUACGGAUUAAUUUUCAUCUUUUGGGCCAUUUACGUGUAUUUUGUCAAAGAUUACGGCUACUGGGAAGAGAGAGGGGUGCCUCAUGUUCCACCAGUGUUCCCUUUUGGGUCCACUGUUCGAAACGUGUGGAACAGAUGUUACAGAGGCAUCACGUACGACCAGAUCUACAGAGAUUUCAGAGACGAACGCUUCGUCGGCCUCAUCGACAUAAGGAACCCUUCGUUACUCGUAAGAGAUCCUGAACUGAUCGGUCAUAUUCUGGAAAAGGAUUUCAGCAACUUCACAGAUCACACGAUGGUGGACCCGAACCCCGCGGAGUAUCUACUGAACCACUUGUAUAACCUGAAGGGGCAGGAGUGGAGAGACAUGAGGCACAAACUCGCCCCGGCGUACACAGCCGCCAAGGUGAAGAUGAUGUUCUGUUUGGUGCAAAGGUGCAGUGCCGAUCUGAGGAAAGCGUUCACGAAACUCACCUCGAACAACAGUGUCGUGAACGUGAAGGACUGCAUGUCUCGUUUCACCAUGGACGUGAUAGCCACGUGUGUCUACGGUGUAGAGAUAAACUCACUCGAGAAUGUGGACUCGGAGUUUUGUCUGAUGGGGAGGAAGAGCAAUGAGGUGAGUGUCGUCAUGCUGCUCAAAAUGUACCUCAUGAAUGCAUUUCCGAUAUUCAAAAAGAUCCAUUGCUUUAACUAUAUGGACUCAGACGUCACUGAAUUCUUCACCCGAACAAUCCGCUCGGCAGUCGAGUACCGGGAGAGUCAGUCCGUGGAGAGAUUUGACUUCCUGGACCUGCUGAUCAAACUGAGGCGGAACCAGAGUAUCCUGGAGGAGGGGGAGAAGUCUCCAGACCUUCCAGGCAGCUCUACCCUGCGUAAAAGAGAAGGUCUAACGAUAGAAGAGAUCACGGCACAGACGUUCGCGUUCUUCGCGGCUGGCUACGAGACUACAGCCAACACGAUCAUGUUCUGUCUGUACGAGCUGGCAUGUGACAACAGGAUACAGGAUAAACUCUCCUGGGAGGUGAAAGAGGUCCUGGGCAGACACGGGGGUGACAUAUCCUACCAGGCCCUGCAGGAAAUGUCUUAUAUGGAACAAGUCAUAAAGGAAUCUCUACGCCGCUACCCAAUACUUCCAUACUUAACAAGGACAUGCUCCGGAAACUACAAGUUGCCUAAUUCCAAUGUGGAAAUACAAACAGGUCAUCAAGUGGUUAUACCCGUAUACUCUCUGCAUCACGACCCCAACUAUUUCCCUGAACCCUUCACGUUCAACCCUGAAAGGUUCAGCCACAGCAGCAACCUACAUCCGCAUGUGUACCUGCCCUUUGGCGAGGGGCCUCGGAUGUGUAUUGGGAAACAGUUUGGUCUGACGAGCGUGAAGACAGCCUUGGCCAGUUUAGUCAGUGACUACAAGAUCAGCCUUGCUCCAGGCACAGAUGUUCCACUGAAGUUGAAAAACAACCCUUUCACGACUCUGCCAUCGAAGCCACUCAUGCUUGUGUUUACUCGACGAAACGCAACAGUUCAGUAAUAGGGCCUAAGGUGCAGAUAGUUGCGUUUCAUUACUUGGUAUAAACACUCCUAUAUCCUGAGGAUGAAAAGUAACAAACUCUUCUCGAAGCUACCGUCAAAGAAUCGCAUGCUUAUUAUAGACCUAUAGCAGUGAAAAAUGGUUUUUUACAACACUAGAAAUCGAGCUAGGUCACCUCGCGUCGCGUGACAGGCUUCCCUGAGGCUGAAUGAAAGUUAUAAAUCUAUAGCUCAUUUAAUUAUAAAAAUGCUCACUGUCAGAUAGCAAUACAGUCAAUCGUACAGAAAACAAUUGUAAAUCCCCUGGCGACGAAAUAUAAAUUAUGUCAGCCUAUUGAGGUGAUGGGUUUCAAUGACGCUCAGCCAAAUUCUAUGGUGUACACGUAAUAUCAUAGAAACCAUUCUUGUCUAUUUAUAGAUCAUGCAAAACCCAUUCUACAAGUGAGGUGAUUCUUGAAAUGACACACAAUUCAUUAAAUUUAUUUUUCUACAAGUUACGUUUCAUAGCAAUGUUCAAAUAGUACAAGUUCGAGUGAGAUAUGGAGUGUACUGCAACUUAAGAGCGUCCUCUUGUCAACGACUUUUAACAUUGACUCUCAUCUCCAUAAUUUUAAUUCUAUGAAUACAUUUUUUAACAUUUUUAAAUUCCAUUUAUUUAUACUGCUAUUUUCUCGUUGCCAUCAUGGUAUCCAUAAGAUCAAUGAAAAAAUAUUCAAAAAAACUCAGCCAAAUCCCAUUGAGUGUCAUACACCAUUAUCGGACUCAAUAUUGCCUAAAUAGAAAUAAAGUUUAUUGCAACAUUUUAGCCUACAGGUCAGUUAGUUUUCGUGAUAUCAUACGGACAGAUGGGCAAACAGAAAUAAUAUUUUCCCAGCCUCUCUAGUAAUAGGCUUUGCUGACGCUCAGCUAAUAAAUAGAAGCGUAUCAAUCAAGGGGUUGAUAAUUAUAAGGGAAAAGAAAGGAUGGUAGAAUGGACGUUGGUGACCAUAAUUGUUGUCCCUGACCGGUUCAUACUCAGUACAAGGUGGAUUGUCUGACUUGCUAUGUUGGUAAUUGUAUUACAAAACCUAUAGUUGUGUCAGCGAACCCAAGCCGUGAUUCUCCUAAUUGAUUAGUUUGAGAUUUCCCUUUAUAUCUAGGCUGAAGUUAGCGCAUUACCCAGAUCCAUUAGGAACUUCGCGCUCAGACAACCUAUACCAUACAAUGUAACGAUGUUCAGCAAGACGAUAAUGCUAUAAUGGCCUAUAUAUAGAAUACUGAUCCAGAUUUUGCCAUAUUUUGUACCUUGAUACUAAUUCAAAUUAAGGGCAUCCAACCUUAUAAUCCUAUUUAAUUCUGUACAUCGAAUGUCAGUAUGUUAAGGAAGUAAGUCAAACAAAAAUGAGUGUAUAGAAAUUAUUUUUGAAUAACAAAUUAGGUUGCUUGCAAUAGGAACACUUGAUAGUUGUACAUAUUUAAUAAUAUUUAUCAGUUUUCUGGACUUACAUUGUAGAAGUUUACUGAAGUUUACUGGACUUACAUUGUAGAAGUUUACUGAAGUUUUCUGGACUUACAUUGUAGAAGUUUACUGAGGUGUCGCCUUUAAAAUCUGACGUAUAUCAGUUGAUGUUAUUUAUUGGCAGCAAUAUUCAGGGAAUUUUAGGUAGUUAAAGUAAUCUUCAAAACAUUAAUUUGGUUAUCAUUCUUAAUUAAUAUUAGAAUUUUGUUUCGUACUAUAAAUAAAAUACUUAAAAUUCGAUAUAUUUUUAACAAAAUAAUAACUUCUUAGAAAACUAUAAAAACACUCUUGCAUACCACUUAUAUAUUAUAUUAUUGUACUCGACUCAUUUGCAAAUGUAUUUAUUGUACAAUUAUUUAUUUAAAAUCUAAAACCCAGGUAGUUCUCGAGUUGUCUAAAAGACAGACAGACAGACAUGAAAUCCUUCCAGUCCCUAGAGUGGUAAGCUUCGCUAACACUCAGCCAAUUAUUAGCUUUUUAAAUUGGCUAUUGCACCAGAAUGAGAACUUGGGUAGUUUUUUACAA